AGCGCAGAGGGAGCAUGUUAAUCAGCAGGCCAAGAAACUUCGGUUUUGUGAGCGCGAGGGGACGAAGCAGCUGGGAGCUUGGAGGCUACCCCACGCCGGCCCCCUUCCAUCCCAGUGAGGUGGCUUCCCUUGAAACACGUUCUUCCUCUCCUGCUUCCAGAAUCUUGCCACUAGAUCUGCGCACCUCUGGCAGGGGAAAGAGAUUGCCAGAUGUCAAGAGAACUGGAGGCAUUUGGAGGAACCUUUUAAAAUAAAAUUGAAAGGGGACUGUUAGGGCAGCUACCCACUGGAAAUUGUUUGGCUGUGCUCGCAAGCCUUUUGCUAUCGAGAACUUGUCGGGAGCGGGGGGAAGACUUGGGGAGAAUGGCCAAUCCGUUGAAGCAGGUUUUUAACAAAGACAGAACCUUCCGCCCCAAGCGGAAAUUCGAACCCGGGACUCAGCGGUUUGAACUCCACAAAAAGGCGCAGGCGUCGCUCAAUGCUGGGCUGGAUUUGAAACUGGUGGUCCAGUUGCCUCCCGGUGAGGAUCUUCACGACUGGGUGGCGGUUCAUGUGGUAGACUUCUUCAACCGGGUCAACCUCAUCUACGGGACCAUCAACGAUUGCUGUACAGAAAAGUCGUGUCCGGUCAUGUCGGGGGGCCCGAAGUACGAAUACCGUUGGCAGGAUGAAAAGUACCGCAAGCCCACUGCUCUUUCCGCUCCCCAGUACAUGAAUCUCCUCAUGGAUUGGAUUGAGGUACAGAUAAACAAUGAGGAUCUCUUCCCCACAAAUAUUGGGACUCCGUUUCCGAAAAAUUUCCUCCAGGUGGUCAAGAAGAUUCUCUCUCGGCUCUUCCGGGUUUUCGUCCAUGUCUACAUUCACCAUUUCGACCGGAUCGCCCAGAUGGGCUCGGAGGCCCACGUGAACACCUGUUACAAGCACUUCUACUAUUUCGUGAAAGAGUUCAGUCUCAUAGAUACCAAGGAGUUGGAACCACUGAAGGAAAUGACUUCAAGGAUGUGCCACUGACAUUCCAGGACAUUUUACCGCUAUCCCAUGAGCCAUUCCUGCCGUUCAUCUCUCUUGGGACUGUGGAGCUGCCUUCGACUAGAGACAGCCAUAGUGAUCGUAGAAGUAUUUCUUUUUUUAAAAAACAAACAAACAAGAAAAUAAUAUAUAUUUUUAAAAACAAGCUUUUUAGUACUCUCUGUGGAAAUAGUUUAAGAAAUGUUACAUUUUUUAAAAAAACAAAAGAAUAGUCAUUUUUUUUGCCACUGGAUGGGAUUUCAACUUUUUAAAAAAUUGUGUUGAAAUAGAAUGUGUGAAGGUCACGAUUGCUUUCAUUUUUUUCUGGGGUGGGGUGGGGGUUGGGUCCCAGAGUGUAUUGCAUUGUUGAUUCUUCUGGGAUUCUGCGAUAAAUGCUGGGGGAAUGUCACACGUGGACGGUUUUUAAAGCAACUUGGAAUUCGUUUUGUGCCACCAGCUGGAAAUGUAUAUAAUUUUUAAUAAUAAAGAGUCUCAGCACCA